AUGACGAAAUUACUAGUUGUGGCAUUCUGUGUUUUCUUUUGUCAAUGCGUUCAGUCAGCUUCAUACAAUCAGAGACAAACAGGUGAACUAAAUGUGCAACUCGAACUGAACGAUGUUCAGAUUUUUGCUUUAAUGAAAGGCAAAGAUGAUUAUGUGGAUUAUGAUUACGCCUACGAUUAUUCGGAAAUGACUAUCAAACCAUCAGGAGGCACGACACGAAAACCGUUGAACAAAACAAGUACACUUGCUUUAGUUGUAAACGAUAAUGUGACAACAAUUUCUUCCCUACAUGAACCGUCAAAAGGUUCUACAACUGAAGGCUUGGUUUCAACUAUUACUGUGGAUACUGUCUCCGACAGCUCUCCAAUUACGGAAACAGUAAACAAACAAAAUAUGACCUCGCCCACGACAACGCCGAGUAUUUGUAGACAAGGAUUUGUUAAGAAUGAUAAAGGUUUAUGUGAAUUUAAAUAUGAAAAUGCGUCUAAUGCGUUAAUGCAAAUGGUAAGAUUAUCUCAAAAGUUAAAGAGGAGGGAAAACUAA